AAUAAUAUAUAUACAUGUACCCAAUCAAACAGUAUCAAGGGAGUAGCUUAUCAACUAUUCUCCUAAGUAAGAAGAGACAUCCCUUUUAGGAUUCCAUAACUGUAAAAUUCUUUGGCUACAGAUUGUUGCAUCUGCCACUCCGUCAAAGGCGAAAAUACCUGAAGGAUUUAUUUGGUGACGGCAAGUGGGUUAUUUCGAGUUGAAAAUGACUGUAGAGUCUGAUGAUUCUUGUGCAGAUAACGAAGCCACUUUGGCUAGGAUGAACACCUUUCUUGAUGAUGCGCUACGUUCUUCUUGUGAAGGAAUCAUGGUGAAAUCCCUUGAUAUAGAUGCUGGGUACACACCAUCAAAGCGCACUAAUGCAUGGUUAAAGGUCAAGAGGGACUACGUGGAAGGGCUAAGUGAUUCCUUGGACUUGGUUCCGCUUGGUGCUUGGUAUGGGAACAGAUGUUUGAAGAUGGAAAGGUAAUAAUGAUCGACAGAUCGAUUGCUGCUUUUGUCUAAUAUUUUUAAUUGAUAAGAAGUAAUGCAUCGAAGCAAGUCAAAAUGAAUUAGUACUCAAUGAAGGUCUACUUAGAUAACAAGAGUCAUAAGGGAAAGUGACUUCACAUGAUGGAUACAUUAUCAAAAGUUGUAUGAUUGACUAUGCGC